AUGCUGCGCUCCUCGAUUGCUCCGGGUCGGCAAUUGCUGUCUAACCCUGUUCGCCAACGGAUCCCGUCGCAAUGGCUGUCUAGAGCCGGUGCGAGCAACCGGCUUGCAGGCCAGCGAUUCUUCGCCGAUUCUAAGCCUCCUACCACCGGUGGUCCGACACCAGCUUCCCCUUCCUCUGAGUCCAGUGUCCCUCCCGAGACCAUCUCCAAGGCCGCUGAACAAGAGUCCAAAAUUCCCCCCUCGCCUUCGGUCCCUGCUCCCCGCAAAUCCGGUCGUUUCCGCCGGUUCUUGAUCUACCUGAUCCUCACUUCCGGCCUAGCCUACGGUGGCAGCAUCUUCCUGGCUCUGAAGUCUGACAACUUCCAUGACUUCUUUACCGAAUACAUUCCAUACGGUGAAGAGAGUGUGCUUUACUUCGAGGAGCGCGACUUCUAUCGCCGCUUCCCCAAUGCUUCGAGACACCAGAACCGUCUCCCAGUCACCCCCCGCGAGGAGGGAAAGCCCGUCACAAUUCCUAGCAAGAGCGGACUGACUUGGAAGAUCGCUGAAGAAGAGAAGGCCGAAAAUGAUGCCAAGAAGGCAUCUGCCCAGGAGGCUCAAACCAAGUCCGAGGAUCGGAACGCUGCAAUCUUGAAGGCCAAGGAAGACAAGGCCGCGAAGCAGAGCCCUAAGGAAACUAAGCCUGAAUCUGAGAAGAAGGUCGUCUCCUUGGAUGAGCCUAGACAACCCGCUGUUUCUGCAAGCCCCAUUCCAUUGCUCCAGCUUCAGGAUGGUGAUGACUCCGUUGUCCAGCAUCUGGUCAACACCUUCAAUGACAUUGUCACUGUCAUCAGCGCUGAUGAGAACGUCAGCAAAUACUCCGCGCCUGUUGCCAAGGCCAAGGGCGAGCUGGAGAAGAUUGCUGCAAAGAUUGCUGCUAUUCGUAGCGAUGUUCAAACCACCGCCCAGGAUGAGAUCAAUAAGCUCCAUGCCACUUUUGAUGAGUCGGCACGGGAAUUGAUGCGCCAGUUUGAGGAAGUGCGCUCUAAUGAUGUUACCUCGUUCCGCGAGGAGUUCGAAGCCGAGCGCGAGAAGCUCGCUCUUGCAUACCAGCAGAAGCUCAGCAGUGAGCUCCGCCAUGCUCAGGAGCUCGCUGAGCAGCGUCUCCAGAAUGAACUUGUUGAGCAGGCUAUUGAGCUGAACCGCAAGUAUGUUCACCAGGUUCAGAGCCUGGUCGAGCGUGAGCGCGAGGGCCGCCUGAGCAAGUUGACCGAGCUCACUUCUGACGUCAAGGAGCUUGAGAAGCUGACUGCUGCAUGGAGCGAUGUCAUUGACACCAACCUCAAGACCCAGCAGCUUCAGGUCGCCCUGGACGCCGUUCGCACCGUUGUCGAGCGUACUGAGAUCCCUCAGCCGUUCAUCCGUGAGCUUGUUGCCGUGAAGGAGCUUGCUGCCGGUGACGCUGUUGUCGAGGCUGCCAUCGCUUCCAUUAACCCCACCGCUUACCAGCGUGGAAUCCCCUCUACCACCCAGAUCUUUGAGCGUUUCCGCCGAGUUGCAAGUGAAGUCCGCAAGGCUAGCCUGCUGCCCGAGGAUGCCGGUGUGGCUAGCCACGCCGCCAGCCUUGUCCUGAGCAAGGUCAUGUUCAAGAAGGAUGCUCUGUCCGAGGGUGAUGACGUGGAGAGCGUUUUGGUGCGCACCGAGAACUUGUUGCAACAGGGUGAUAUUGACGCCGCUGCUCGGGAGAUGAACACUCUCCAGGGCUGGGCCAAGAUUCUCAGCAAGGAUUGGUUGGGUGAUGUCCGCAAGGUUCUUGAAGUUAGACAGGCUCUCGAGGUUAUCGAGGCCGAGGCCCGCCUCCAGUGCUUGCGGGUUGAGUAA